AUGGUUGGAUCUGCAUUGACUUCUGUCGCUAUCGUCGGUGGCGGACCCGGAGGAUUAGGGACCGCGAUUGCUCUCUCAGAACUGCCGUUCCUAAAGGUGACACUGUAUGAGAAAAGCACAGAGCCCCGAGAAGCCGGUGCAGGAAUUAGCCUUAGCACGAAUGCGUGGAGAGUUCUGGAUUUACUUGGAGCGAGUGAUGGGGUUAAGGGAGGCUCCAAAUCUAACACACACCAAAGAAAUGCCUAUACAGGCAAGAUUUUGAACAUCACUCAGCAUCCUGAAAAUUCGGCUGCAGAUCCCCGCGGAUCAAUCCGUGCUCGCAGAACUCGGCUACAGUCAGCUCUCUUAUCGAGAGUGCCAAAGGGCUUGAUCCAAUUUGGAAAAAAGGUUGUAUCAUUGGAGAACCUUUCGGGCCAGGGAGUUCGUUUGGCUUUCCAGGAUCAAACGGAGGCGAUCGCAGACAUUGUCGUAGGAGCAGACGGGAUACAUUCUGUUGUUCGCAGGGCCUUGUUUCCUGAUCAUCAGUUGCACUUUACAGGCAACACUGCAUUCCGUGUACUGAUUCCGAAGUCCCAUCUGGCCCAUAUCCCGGACAUCACCACUACAACGUCAUGGUGGUGGGGCGAAGCUGGCCAUGUAUAUCUCUCAGAUGUUGAUGACGAAGAAGAGACCGAAGAUCCGCUUUUUGAAAUCACGGUUCGCUCCUAUUGUGAGCCUGAGGUCCCGGGGAAGACGGUAUUCUGGGGUGUCCCUGCAAGCAACGAGAAAGUGGGAUCUCGUGUUGAGACAUUCGAUCCAAGAAUAAGAGACGCGAUAAGCGCGGUGACUGAAGGGGAAUGGAGAGAGUUUGCAACAUUCGCUGGGCCACGCCUGAACAAGAUCACAGAUUGGGAUAAAGUGGCACUUAUCGGGGAUGCUAGUCACCCUCUUUCGGGUAAGUUCAUCUGUCAUAAUUUAGCGCGUUUGGAUCUGGGGACGUUCGCCAUGGAAGAUGGUUGGAUACUGGCCCGCGCGCUUGAGCUUACGCGAUUUGCAUCUCGACCGACACGGGACGCUCUGGGGAUCUUUGAACAGAUUCGGUCGCCAUACUAUGCCAAGAUGUAUCAGCAUCUAGACGACAUCGGUGAUAAAAUCCAACAACUUCUAGCAGAAGCAAAGGAUUUUGAUGUCAUUCUGCAAGCCAAAAUUGACACUUUCCUCUAUGGAGACAAGGAUUUCAUUUAUCAAAAUGACAUUAAGAAAGUCUGGGAAGACUAUCUUCCAGCGGAGCAGACGGAGUUGUAG